AUGUCUCCCCCGAACGCAGCUCCGCAACCCGCCGCAAGCCAGGACCAGCCACAUGAAGAGCCGCUGGAAGACGCACACGAGGGGCAGGAAGACCGCCUGAACGCGUCCACUGGAGCUGCAGCGGGGCAAGUCGAGCAGUCUGGAGAGGAGAAGAAGGCCAAGCAAGACGACGGCGCCAAGGCGGGGCAGGCUGCAGAGGCUCGAGGAGAGAGGUUGGCAGACGAUGGCGUAGCGACUGCGGACACCAAGCCAGUCGAGAAGGCGCAAGAGGCGCAAGAGGCGCAAGACUCGUCUGCCCCGGCACAGUGCGCAGAGACUGCGCCGGCGGAGACGAAGCCAGACGAGCGAACGUCUGCGGAGCUGGUCGAGCAGCUCACGGCCAAGACACAAGAGAUCGCCCUCCACUCAACCCCGGCUCGAGCACCAACGCCCACAGAGAAGGCAGCCGGCAAGGCAGCCGGCAAGACAGCUGUCCGCUCGCCGUCACCGCCGCCCCCGCCGCCCCCGCCGCCCCCGCCGCCGAAAGACGAGAAGUACCUGUGCACAAGCAAUGGGCCCAGUCGCUCGACGUCACCGCUGGCACGGCACGACAAGAGCGCGAGAAACUCGGAAGAUGCUGCUGCGGCAGACUACACGUCCAAGCUGGACGGUGGUGCAGAUGUCGCCAACGACGACCAGUCGGAGAUCCAGAGCAUCAUGGAGCAGUUCGAGCACAGCAGCGGUGGCCCAGGCGCAGAGGAGAUCACGUCGCCCCGUCUAGAGUUCGCAGGCCCGCUGCUCGAGUCCCCCGCCUUCCCUCCUCGCCAAUCGAGCCUCGUACCCGUCGACAAGCCACUCCCAACCCCGGCCGAUGACACAGCCUCAGUGCACUCUCUCCAAUCACCUCCGCCGAGGGCGUCGUCGCUGUAUCGCGUCGGGACGAAUACAUCCUUCGUCGAGCCUACGUCGCCCAGCGCACAUGCACCGCAGUACAAGCCCGCGCAGCCAGCUCCAGAGCCCGAGCCAGACCUGCCCUUCGACUUCCACCGCUUCCUCGAGCAACUCCGCCACCGCACCGCUGACCCCGUCGCCAAGUUCCUGCGCUCGUUCCUGCUUGAGUUCGGCAAGAAGCAGUGGAUGGUGCAUGAGCAGGUAAAGAUCAUCGGCGACUUCCUCGAGUUCAUCAGCAAGAAGAUGGCACAAUGCGAGGUCUGGCGAACCGUCUCCGACGCCGAGUUCGACAACGCGCGAGAAGGCAUGGAGAAACUCGUCAUGAACAGGCUGUACAACCAGACGUUCUCUCCUGCCAUCCCUCCUCCAGAACCAGCCUCACCGCGCAAAGGGCGACGCCGCCAAGAACCAGCCGGACCCGGGCGACGGGGCCAACACCAAGAAGACGUCGAGCGCGACCAGGUCCUUGCGCAAAAGGUGCGCAUCUACAAGUGGGUGCGCGAGGAGCAUCUCGAUAUCAAAGACGUUGGCGAAAAAGGCCGCAAGUUCCUCGCGCUCGCACAACAAGAACUGCUCAAGAUCAAAACGUACCGCGCGCCCCGCGACAAGAUUAUCUGCAUCCUCAAUUGCUGCAAAGUCAUCUUCGGCUUCCUACGAACCUCGAAAUCGGACCAGUCGGCCGACGCCUUCGUCCCCCUACUCAUAUACACAGUCCUACAAGCCAACCCCGACCACCUCGUCAGCAACGUACAAUACAUCCUCCGCUUCCGGAACCAGGACAAACUCGGCGGCGAAGCCGGUUACUACAUCUCCUCGCUCAUGGGCGCCGUGCAAUUCAUCGAAGGGCUCGACAAAACCUCGCUCACCGUGACAGACGAAGAAUUCGACAAGAACGUCGAAGCAGCCGUGAGCGCAAUCGCCGAGAAACACGCCCCUGAGUCUGCGGAAAUCCAUCCAGAAUCGGCUGCCGGGCCGGCGCAUCUGCACCCGAGUACAUCGAACCAUCGCAGAAUGCCGUCCCCGCACUACCACCACAUCAGCGAGAAGUCCUCGCCCUCGCGACCAGAGGUCAUAACCCGGAACUCGAUGGACGCGCAGACCGCAGGCCCACGGCGCUCGACUUCGCUGCGCAACCGCUCCAAACAGGAAUCUGACGACUCCCCCGAGGAAGAGAACGCCGCCGUGGCAGGACUGUUACGCACGAUCCAGCGGCCGUUGAGUACAAUUGGCCGCAUCUUCAGCGACACCGACACGCACGCGACUUCCUCUUCAGGAAGUUCAAUGCCAAGGAGCAGUUCCACCCCGCUCUCCCCUAAUGCGAAUCACCAGCAGCAGCCGGGGCAUGAGCGCUUCCCCGGCGCCGCUGCUUCCGCUGAAGAUGCAGCGGCGCGGCAAGCGAGCGCGGAGGCCGAGCAGGUGAGGAGAAUACAGGUGCAGGAGCAUAGGGUGGUGGUGGAGACGCUGACGGGCAUGUUCCCGCAGUUGGAUCGGGAUGUUAUCGAGGACGUCGUUCGGGAGAAGGAGGGCCGCAGGGUUGGACUGGCGGUUGAUGCCUGUCUCGCGCUCGCAAACCCUUGA